UCGGCACGUCAUUCAAGAUGGCCCCCUUCAGGAGGAUAUGUCUACUAUAUGCCUCAAAACUAGCUAACCAACGCCUUGCUUUCACUCUUACCACAUUGGCAGUAUGUGCUGCUAAAGGAGUGCAUCUUCAUAAUCACAGAGCUUCAGUGACGCCCAAGCGCAUGCUUCUCUUCUUUUUCUCCUUCUUUACUCAAGAUAUCCUCCUACUCCUUCUAAUCAGACUUCUCCUAAGUCAUUGGGUGCCUAGUGCUGGCAAGCUACGGAGAACCGUCAAUAUACUUGCAUUCUCCUUGAUGACCUACAACACUAUCAUUUGCACUGUCUCAGUUUCCUUUUAUCUAGUCUCAGGAUCUGAAAUCCACUGGCGCAAUAUCGGUUUCAUGGCCGACCCAACUGCUCAAGCAAUUAUUCUAUCGGGCCUGACAGCUUUCAUCGGUGUCUUCUGUGUCUGCGCUUGCUUAAGCGCACUGCUUCAGGUCGCUUGCUACUCUCUCUUUGGCUGGGGUGGAGAUCUCGUCAACUGGCCAAUUACUUUCAUCUGUCGCCGAUUGGGCCAUCGAUUUGGUUACGAUCCGUUAUCGCAAAGAGAUGACCUGUCAUGGCUCGACAUCGAGAGCACCUCAUAUCAAGACAAGGAAUUUAAGGGAAAGUUCAGCUCGCCUUCGACCUCACUGUUGAGUUCACCACGAAGCUCCAGAGGUGGUUCACCAGUACGAAGUUCUAAACUUGGUCGUUUUCUACGCAUACUUCCUUACCCGAUUGUUACUCUUCUGUUAACGGCACUUUUUAUCCUUACUUUUAUUCGACCCAAGGAUCCUUCUCUGAUCUUUCUUUCUUGGACUACUGGACUUUUACCUUUCAUCGACUUUGCCUCGUCGCCAUUCCUCGACAAUAUUCCAUCGGUUUUCGGAAAAGGAGUACAGCGAAGCUGGGACGAACGUACCGCACUGGUACAGCCUACCCGUUUCAGCUGGCUUCCAAUGGACAUACCAGCCCUGGAAGGUUUCAAAGAUUGGUAUCUUCAGGAACCACACUAUAGCGCCAAGUCUGACCCUAUGAGGGUCUCAAAUCUAGACGAGCCCCUACGAGAUUCUCUCCGGGGGAAGUUACAGGAACUCAACAUUCGACAUAUAGUUAUGUUCUUCCUGGAAAGUACCCGAAAUGAUGUCUUUCCUAUCAAAAAGAAUGGUCUAAUCUGGAAUCGAUUUGCUGAUACCUUUCCACAUGGACUGCCACAAGACAUUCAGGAGAAGCUUGCCAACUUAACACCAACAGCAAAUUUCAUUACAGGCGACUACUCAGACGGUUUUGAGCAUGCCAAUAGACCUAAGCGAGGGGGGAUUCACUUCACCAACGCACAUACCUCUGGAACAUACACCCUUAAAAGCCUAACAGGUACAAUCUGUGGUAUAGCGCCUCUAGCUGCAGAUUUCAAUCUGGAUUAUAGCCAUCAUAUCUACCAGCCUUGUUUGCCGCAUAUUUUCAACGCACUAAAUAAAGCAGAGGAGAAACAAGCCGGUAUAAAGAAAACCAGUCAGAAGGACAAGUGGAAGUCCUACUUUUUCCAAGCAGCUAAACUCGACUAUGAUAGCCAUGGUGCUUUAAUGUCUGCAAUGGGAUUCCCAGAUGAGGGCAUAAUUGGCCAGGAAUAUCUUCGCAGCGCUAACGCAAAGCACGGAGCAGUCACGUUGGAAAAUAUUAACGACUUCGCCUUUGAAGAGGAUCCACUGGAAGACUACAUUACUGAUGUCUUCAAAAACGCCGCCACAGAAAACAACCGCGUAUUUCUGAGCCAUAUUACAUCUACCAGCCACCAUCGGUUUCACCUGCCCAAGACAGAAAAGUAUACACCUAUGGCCAACGGUGGUCAUCUUGAGAUGAUGUCAAGAUAUAUCAACACAAUUGGCUAUGAAGACAGAUGGAUUCGCAAGGUCCUUGACGUCUUGGAUAAGCAAGGAGUUACCAAUGAGACACUGGUCAUCUUUCAGGGCGACCACGGUGUAUCUCUUCCAGAAAAUGAUAUUGCUUCGCCAUACUAUAACCCCAAUAUUGGUGUUGAGCAUGUGCCGUUAGUCCUCUCCCAUCCCCAACUGCCAGCCUUCGAUGUGGACGAGGCGGUGCAUGCAACUCAAAUUCUCCCCACAAUCCUGGAUAUCCUCCUCGAAACAGGCUCACUGAGCAAGACAAGCCGCCGGGCAGCUGAGGACCUAAUCCGCAAUUACGAAGGACAAUCGCUCAUCCGUCCCCUGGCUACCGGCGAGGGGCAAUGGCAGUUCACUAUCACCAAUCCUGGACGUGCCAUGCUUAGUAUCCGUGACGGCCGGUAUCCAGAGCGCCAUCUUGUCGUGCCAAUAAUAGAAAACGUGGCUUGGAAGUUGGCAGACCUGACAAAAGACCCACACGAGCACAACCCUGUGCAAGCAUUAGAUUUUAAAUCGUUUUUACAGGCUAUAGAUCAGAGGUAUGGAAGAGAGGUUGCAGAGUGGGCAGAAGAAGGUGCAUUUAUGACUAGAUGGUUCGUUAAGGAAAACAGCAAGCGUUGGCGUUUUGAUCUUUAAUGAUUAGGCAUGAUACUGGCCAGAAGGAAUAGAU